AUGUCUCAACAAGCUGCAACCCAGCGAAGUCGCCGGCAAACCGCGCCCUCGGGGAUGCCCCUCGAGCUCAGGCCGAAGCAGAUUGAGAAACUGGAUACCGUUUCUGAUGAUGCGGACCCAAUCGCAGAUAUCCAGACUGAGCUCGGGUUCAAUGAGUGGUACAAUGAUUUAGAGGCUACUCUGAUCGAGUCCAGUUACGAUGAGUAUCAGGCCUGUCUCGACGAACUCCAAAUAUCCAAAUCGCAUCUUGAUACGUUACUUUCCGAUACUUCGUCUACGCUGUCUUUGCUGUCCAAGCUUUCCGAAGACUUCAAGGCGGUUGAUUCCCAGACGUCCACGUUCCAGCGACAGUGUGAAGGACUCCUCUCGGCUCAAAAACGCGAUACGGACUUGGUCGCGGAUAUUGAAUACAAUCUCCAAUUCUAUGAGUUUCUGAAUCCCGCUUCGAGACGGUUAAACGCCCCGGGCGCCGGAAACACUGUGCGGGGUCAGGACUUUUCAGACAUGCUGAGGCGACUUGACGAAUGCUUGGACUACAUGGAAACGCAUCCUGAACAAAAAGAGGCGGAUGUGUAUCGGUCGAGAUACCGACUACUUCUAACACGAGCUCUCACCCUCAUUCGAGGCCACUUUGUUUCUUCCCUACGUGAUGUAUAUUCGAGCGUCGCGAAGAAAGUUGCAGACCGGCAACUCAACGAUGCCGCGCUGUCUGCGCUGCUGUAUGCGAGAUUCAGAGUUGGCGCUCCAGAUUUGAAGCAGAUCGGUCUUGAGAUCCAAAAGAGGGCGGUCCCACCGUUGGACCCUGAUCAGGGUACAGAAGCGGAGUAUCAAAGCCUUCUUAAUGAGCUCCAUACUAAUUAUGCGACAAUACGCGGUAAACUCAUAACACCAUUGGUCCACAAAAGACUGAGCGAGAUCGCGCAGGCACCGAGUACCUCGAAAGACCUAGUCGCUUUUGCACGUGCCAGCAUUAGCUACGUCCGGGGUGUCUGCUUGGAUGAAUUUGAUCUAUGGAGCGAAUGGUUCCAUGGCCAAGGCGGCUUAUAUGAUUUUCUUGAAACCAUCUGUGAGCCGCUCUACGAUCACUUGAGACCCAGAAUCAUUCACGAAGACAAGAUUGUCAAACUGUGCCAGCUAUGUACGCUACUUCAAACGCGCUACUUAUUUGACCAAGAAGAAGAAACGGAAUAUCCGGAUGCCAAUCAACUUGACUUUUCAGCGUUGAUCCAACCCGCUCUUGAGGAUGUGCAAACCCGUCUUGUCUUCCGUGCGCAAGCUUUCCUCCGUGACGAGAUUGAACGCUUUAAGCCCCGUCCUGAAGACCUGGACUAUCCGGCACGCAAUAAACAGCUCUCCAUCUCCAUUUCUGAUAAGCAGAUCUCCGGAAGAAAAGUCUCUCAUGGCAAUGCGAUCAUCAACCACUCAAAAUCAACAAAGACAGCGGAAGAUGGGACGGAUACAAUAGAACACGACUCGAAUUGGAAUUUUGAAUCUCAAAAUGCACCUGCUGCCUGGUACCCAACACUACGCAAAGCCGUCUGGCUUCUCAGUCGAAUAUACCGCCUUGUAAAUUCCACAGUGUUUGAUGACCUCGCCCAUCAAAUCGUCCAUCAGACUACAGCCUCCCUCCACCACGCCAGCUCGUCUAUCUCUAGCAAAUCGAGCACCGACGGACAAUUAUUCCUGAUGAGCCAUCUCCUCUUACUUAAGCAACAAAUAGUCGCCUUCGACAUCGAGUACGUUGCUCCAGAAGUAUCCUUCGACUUCUCCGGCGUCACAAGCACAUUCUGGGAACUCCGCGAACGAGGCGGUCUCUUCAACCCACGCAACCUUAUGAAAUUAGUCGGCCAUGGUCUUCUCCCGCGCGUCGUUGAAAACAUGCUUGACGCCAAAGUAGAGCUAGACGGCCGACUCCGAACCGUGAUCAACGACCUUAUCAACCUCUUCGCGACCAGAAUGACCGCGUCACUCCCGUCAAGGUUUGUCGAUAAGCGCAAUCUACAACGUGGAGAACUCAUAUACCCUACCUGUCGAAACAUAGAGAACGAAGUGCCCAACCUCCGCAAGAUCUUGGGCGAGUACCUUGACGACAUGCGUAUGAACGAAACGCUUGUUGGUGCGGUGCAGGACCGCGUCAUCCAGAUAUACGAGGAGUUCUUCGAUAAAUAUACAUCUUCUGAAAGGAGUAGAGGAAACCCAAUCAGUAAGAAGGGCAAGGGCCGCGAGGAUGCCGUGUGGGAUAUCGAUACCUUUGCAGAAUGGUGCGAGGGGGUAUUCCGUGUUGGUGUUGCAACACAGGGGGACGACGACGAUGAAGCUAGGAGCCAGAGUGUGAGCAGUCGGUAA